AUGCAGCAGCAGCAGCAGCAGCAUCAUCAAACCGAACCAACCUCACUUACCAAUCAUCCUCCUCAUCAGCAAGUGUUCCCACCUAACCUAAUUCCAAAUCAAAAGCAAAUCACCCUAUCCACACAACAACAACAACAACUGGGAAACUUCGAAAGACAGCAGCACCGUCUUAGGCAAAAUCAAAUGCCGCAGCAGCAGCAUCAUCUCCAUCAACAAGUGUCCCCACCUAACCCAAUUGCAUAUCAAAAGCAAAUCACCCCAUUCACACAACAACAGCAGCAGCAGCAGCAACUGGGAAACCUCGAAAGACAACACCGACAACAGCACCGUCUUGUGCAAAAUCAAAUGCAGCAGCAGCAGCAGCAUAAUCAAACCGAACCAACCUCAUUCAACUACCAUCCUCAUUACCAAAUAUCACUACCUAACCCACUUCCAAAUAAAAACCAAGCCAUCCCACUUCCACAACCUCAGGAGCAACCUCAGCAACCACAACAACAGGAGCAACAGCAGCAGCGGCAACUGGGAAACCUCGAAAGACAACAGCACCGUCUUGUGCAAAAUCAAAUGCCGCUGCAGCAGCAGCAACAUCAUCAAACCGAACCAACCUCACUUACCAAUCAUCCUCCUCAUCAGCAAGUGUUCCCACCUAACCUAAUUCCAAAUCAAAAGCAAAUCACCCUAUCCACACAACAACAACAACAACUGGGAAACUUCGAAAGACAGCAGCACCGUCUUAGGCAAAAUCAAAUGCCGCAGCAGCAGCAUCAUCUCCAUCAACAAGUGUCCCCACCUAACCCAAUUGCAUAUCAAAAGCAAAUCACCCCAUUCACACAACAACAGCAGCAGCAGCAGCAACUGGGAAACCUCGAAAGACAACACCGACAACAGCACCGUCUUGUGCAAAAUCAAAUGCAGCAGCAGCAGCAGCAUAAUCAAACCGAACCAACCUCAUUCAACUACCAUCCUCAUUACCAAAUAUCACUACCUAACCCACUUCCAAAUAAAAACCAAGCCAUCCCACUUCCACAACCUCAGGAGCAACCUCAGCAACCACAACAACAGGAGCAACAGCAGCAGCGGCAACUGGGAAACCUCGAAAGACAACAGCACCGUCUUGUGCAAAAUCAAAUGCCGCUGCAGCAGCAGCAACAUAAUCAAACCGAACCAACCUCACUUACCAAUCAUCUUCCUCAACAACAAAUAUCACCAACUAACCCAAAUCAAAACCAAACCAUCCCACUUUUAAAACUUCAUGAGCUACAUCAGCAACAGGAAAACCUCGAAAGAAAACAACGCCGUCUUUUGCAAAUUCAAAUGCAGCAGCAGCAUCGGCAAACCCAACAAGCCUCACUCACCCAGAAUCUUCAUCAACACACAUCACCACCUAACCCAAUUCCAAAUCAAAACCAAACCAUCCCACUUCCACGACCUCAGGAGCAACAGCAGCAGCAGGAGGAACAGGAAAUCCUCAAAACACAUUACCAUCUUAUG